AUGGAGGCUGUUACAGAUACGGAAUUUGACGACGAUAUACAGAUUGUUGGGGCAGUGGGGGAUGCACACCGUAGAGUGGACUCGCAGGACCCACAUGACCCACAUGACCCACAUGAUCCACAUGAUCCACAUGACCCACAAGUUGUUCCCGAUACCACUAGAAUAGUAUCCUUUGAUGAAACACAGGGGUUACCCAUUAUGAUUGUGUCAGACCAAUCUGAUAGUGACGAUAAUGAUGUUGUGAUACAGGGCGAAAGACAAAUACCACAAACCGACGAAGACAUACAGAUCACAGGGGAGCGCCAUCGAAGACCGCAUCUUCGACUUAAUAGACGACGGGGAAGGGCUGGAUAUUUUCUCAGCUUGCCGCAAGAGCAGAGAUAUGUGCCUCUAGCCGACGGACAGGAGCUGCGACAGGGAGGCGUCAGGGCACCGUUACACGCUACAUCAAGACCUCCUUAUACUCGUACCAGACAGCGUCAGCACGGCCAGAGGAACUGGCCGCGUAACAGAACCCGUCUCACCGAUUUUCUCCAAUUUCGAGAAUUCAUAGGUAACCUAUUCAGCCCAACCAUCAUGUAUGACCCUAUGGAGGUGGGCGAAUAUAAUAAUGAAUUUGGAGGAGAGGAGUUGGAUGGGAUACCUGUGUCACUGAUGGAAGAAAUCUCACGGAGAGAACAACUGGAAGAGGAUGGACGAAUAAAUCAACGUAGUAAAGUAUCGGACAGCAUGAAAGGAGUGAAGGAGAAGGAUGCGAAGAUACCAGAGACAGAGAGAUCUAUGUUCACAACAGGUAUACUUCCGAAUAACCAGACCAUUUGCGUUCUCUGUGGUGUCAAUUUGGUAGAGGGUAUACCAGAGAACAACCAGAUACUUAAUGAUGAAGAGAAGAUCAAGGAUCUUGUAUUGGUGCAAAAGAUACGGUCGCCGUGGCAGUGUUGCAGGAAAUUGACAUCUAUAGAUACAGCGCUUUCAAAAAAGGUCUUCUUUGGCAAGUGUGGCCAUGUUUAUUGUGGAAGAUGCGUGAACAAUAUCACUAGAGCUACAAAGGAGCCUCGUGCAGUGAAGGAAAAACGACAGAGAAGAAGGAGGAAGAUGAAACUGGAUAAAAUAUCGGUGACUAACCUUGACUUUGACGAUCCAGAUCUCUCUGCACCAAACAGAUGCGUUGCAAAUGGUUGUGGGAGAUUACUCAGAGGCAGGUAUUUCUUUAGAGAAUUGUACGUCUAA